AUGAAGUCUGCGGGCGUCGUGGAUGGAGGCUUGUUCACAGAGAGCUAUUGUAACAUCUGCAAUGCCCAGCUCAUCUCCGAGUCCCAGCGCACCGCUCACUACGAGAGUAAGAAACAUGCCAACAAGGUACGUCUGUUCUACAUGCUUCACCCUGAAGACGGAGGACCACCUUCCAAGAGGCUGAGGCCAGAUAACCCAGACUGUGCAGAGACAGAGGUGGACCGGAAUAAGUGUUGUACCUUGUGCAACAUGUUCUUCACCUCCGCCAUUGUGGCCCAGUCCCACUACCAGGGCAAAACCCACGCCAAGAGAGUCCGCCUGGUGCUGGGGGAGCCGCCCAACCUACCCACAGCCAUGACCAGCCCUACAAACACAGUUCCCACAGAUCCUGCUGCGUGCCCCCCUCCUCCCCCCGCCCUGCCUUGGCCCAUGGCAGUGGUCGGCGGAAACGGCGGAAGAGAGGCGGGCAAAUACUGUUGCCUGUGCGGCGCCUGGUUCAACAACCCGUUGAUGGCCCAGCAACACUACGAGGGCAAGAAACACCGCAGGAAUGCAGCCAGGGCACGCCUCCUGGAGCAGCUAGCGGGCAGUCUGGAUGCCACGGAGAGCACAGGGCUUCGCAGUAGUUACUCCUGCAGUGUCUGCAGUGUGGUCCUCAACUCCAUUGAGCAGUACCAUGCACACCUCCAGGGCUCCAAGCACCAGAACAAGUGA